AUGACGAAGCGAGAAUUAUACUAUGUAGUAUGUCGUUCGAAGCCUACCAAACAAUAUGAAAUUGACGAAAUUGUCCAAAGUCAUGGACACGAAGUCUUACGCCUACCACCGUACCAAUGUGAUUUGAAUCCCAUCGAGCACGCGUGGAAUCUAGUGAAGCAAAAAGUAGCCGAUAAAAAUGUAAGCCAGUCUGAAAAAGAAAUACAAAAACUCACUCUGGAAGCUAUUAAUAGUAUCUCUGUAGAGCACUGGAAAAAAGAGGUAAACCACGUUGACCGUUUACGGCAACAAUAUUGGGAUAGCGGUAGGUUGCAAGAACUCAACGAAAGAGAAUUGAUUAUUUCGGUGGGUGGAGAGACUGAUGACAGUGACACAGAAUGGAGUGAUGACAUUGACACAAAAACGAGCGAUUUUGAAAAUCUUUAA